ACCACACAGUACUGCAUUCUCACCAUGGGACCUUGGAGCAUUCUCAUGUUCCUUGCCCUCAGCGGGCUGCAGGCCAUGACCACUGCCGAGUAUACCGGAACCGACUGCAACCCAACAGACAGCAACAGCACAUGCAGCGCCGAUGCUGCCCUCGGAACUGAGCAUACCUGGCUAUUCAAUUCAACCCUCGACAGCAAGCUAUGGGACAUGAGAACCGGUUCCAUCGACUACACCUCCGAAGGCGCAGAUUUCUCGAUCAAGACCGAAAAUGCCUCCACACUCCUGGUCUCGAACUUUUACAUCUUUUUCGGAGUGAUGGAAGCGCACGUCAAGAUGGCAAAAGGCGCUGGUAUUAUCAGCAGUGUUAUUCUCCAAUCAGACGACCUGGAUGAGAUUGAUUGGGAGUGGGUUGGCUACAACACAAGCGGAGUGCAAUCCGACUUCUUCGGCAAAGGAAACACAACCACCAGCGAUCGAGGGGGUUACCAUGCGGUUUCGAAUGCGGAUACAGAAUUCCACAACUAUACUUCAUACUGGGAUAAGGACCGUCUCGAAUGGUGGAUUGACGGCGAUCUGGUACGCACUGUCAACUACUCCGAACCGUUGACUGUCUACGGCAAGAACUACCCCCAAACGCCAUGUCAAGUCAAAGUCAGCAAUUGGCCGGUUGGCAUCAAAGGCCAGUCUGUGGGAAAUCUGGAAUGGGGUGGUGGCUAUGUCAAUUGGACUGAUGUGCCGUUUACCAUGACCGUGUCAAAGAUCCGUGUCCAAGACUUCCACUCCGGAAAGGAGUACAAGUAUACAGGACAUACAGGGUCUUAUGAAAGUAUAGAUGUUAUCAGUGGAAACUCGACUGCCCAAGCAGAGAUCUCCAAAAAGCCAACAAAAACCCUUAGCCAAAAAUGGAACGACCUCUCCGAGGGGGCACAUAUUGGCGUCUACGUUGCUGCUGCGGUUGUCGGUGCGCUUGCUGUUGGAGCAUUCGGUUGGUACUGUGCUAAGCAACGUCGGAAUGGUCGGCUGCAACGCGCAUUAGACGAUGGGCAACACAGUGCCGAGCUAAGUACCUUGGAGCAAACCAAGCUGAGAUGGAGGCAAAGCGAAUUGGGUCGCAGGGACUAUCAGCCAGUCAACACCUAA